UGGUAGUACGGUACGACUCAUGGAUGAAAACAAAGAAAAGAUCUAAGGAUAAAUAAUAUUAAAAAAAAAGACAACAAGACGCUUUCAAAUAUAUAUAUAUAUAUAUUAUAUAUAUACACACAUACACAUUAGUAUUUAUAUUUUUAGGAUUUACACUUUAAUCAAUGAAUUUUAUGAAACUACUCAAAAUUUAAAGUGUAUCAUGGGUUCACAAGACGAACCUGUUAUCAGUGCGGAAAAAUAUGGAAUCGAUUGUAGAAGAAGAAAAUUGGCGGAAAGGCGAAAAAGAAUGUAUUCACAAAAGCAAUCAACAAUUGUCAAAAAACAAAAAAAUGAAAAUGUUUCACAGAUUCAAAAACAAAAAAAAAACGAUGAAGCUAUACUUUAAACUAGAUACUUAAGCAUAUGGCGUUUGCUGGCGAAAGUGGUACUCGUGGCCAGGUAGCCUCUAAUAUCGCAAAACAAAAAUGAUACACUUAAUGGGGAGAUUCCGAUGUACAUGUAAUUACAAAAGCAAUAUCACACGCGAACCUGUUUUGCGAACCAAGCAAGGGUAGCAUUCUUAGUAAAUAUAAAACCACCUACAUAGGAUCUGGGUACGCCCGGAGGAUAUGGAGAAAUUAUUCCGACGAAAUACAAAAGGCACGGGGAAAAUAUUGAAUUUUCCCUUUAAAAGUCUCUUUACAAACAAUCCUCCGCGCUACCGAUGCAAGUCAAAGUAAUUCACACAAGGCGGAGUAUACUAUACGAGGAUGGACGGCCGAAGGUAUGAAACUCGUUAGCAUUACCCUUGUUUCUACCCCAACUGUGAGGGUAGGGUUGAACCGAGCAGUCAAAAGCAUACACAAACUUUCAAAACAAGCAACCACUCAACAGACAAUACUAAUUUAUUUGAUUAAUUUGGGCUUUGUGAUUUCGGCGAUCAAACCGCUAAACCGGAUCAGCCCAAAAUGUAAAAAAAGCAAAAACAAAAUCUUAUCAAAGGGAAAAAAAGACAUAAAAAUAUGGAAAUGACAGAACAAAAUUUGUAUUGAAAUAAAGCUCCAAGAAAGCGAUAACCUGAUUGCAACUGGAUGAAUGAAACAGCACAGCAGAACGAUGGAUAAGAAGCAAAACACACAUAUGAAAAACAAAGAAAAAAAAACAAAAUCUACAUUUCUGCUGGUGCUAGUGUGCUGUUGCUAAGAGUAGUGUAUAUUUUAAGCGACAUGAUUAUAUUAUACAUACCAAUAAAUGAAUAAAAGAAAGACACUUAUAAACCAUUUUCCUUCAGCGCUGGAAGGAAAGUGCUGAAGAAAGGUUAGGAAAAAAUACACACUCAAAAUACAAAAAAAAAAGUCUGCUACACUGAGGUAGGAGCAACAAAAACCAACAGAGAACGGAAAAGCAAUAACGUUAGUUAUGAUUAAAGGAAUAUGGAAAUUAUUAUCCUUAUGAUUACUAUUCUUAUUAUCAUUAUUAUUAUUAUUAUUAUUAUUCUACUCAUAAUUAUUACUACCAUGAUUGACGGUAAUGUGAUCAUUGUUCCAACAGCAAACCUAGCAACCGGUUUUCAUCCUUGUCAUGUGUUCGAUCAUUCCAUCACGAAAGGGGAAUGAUAAGAAAAUACGGGAUACGCUAAAGCAAGCUAUCGAAGAAGUAAGCGAUAAGGUUCGCCACAAAGAGAGUGAACCACAAACACUCAAACACCUAAACGCACUCGCAGAUACGCAACGCGGUAGAGUGUGCUAUCGGGAGUUGGUAAUAGAGCAAAUAAAAAAAGAAGAAAACUAAAUCUGAAACAAAACAAAAAACCUAGCGAAACCUAUAUGUGAACCCCGCGAAGGGCUAAAGAAAACCCCGUGAAGUCCUCAUUGCAUUCGCACCCUGACUCCGGGAUGUGCUGGGACUCCUUCUUCUAUUUCGACGUGUGCGCAAACCGUUGAGUGUUGCGACGUUGUUGAGUACAGGUAAAACAUGAACAACAACAAAAAAUAACAACCAUAGAUAAACUGAGAUGUACGCUAGGCAGUGCUUUUAUAGUGAUCGUACUUUGACGUAAUGGUAGAGUAGUAGAGUCUUAGACAUAGUCCUUUGUACGUGUUGGCCCACUUGUAUAUACGAGCAACAUGAACAGUAUAUAAAACAUGAACACCUACACGCAAACUACACACACCCAAGCACACCAACCAAGUGAACACAUCGCGCUAGUGCUAGCGAUGUCCUUGCAUUGGAACGUAACGUACGCGGCGGCUUUUGUAGAAGUAUACUGUACAAAGUUGGUAGCUCGAUCGAUUGUUAGUUGGUUGGUUGGUGUUAAGGACUCGGAUCGAUGUAGGAUGGGGUAAACUUUUAUUCCAAAAGAUCCCUGUUUUCUUUGAAUUGGCUUGUCGGUUGGCUGGUCCAGCAGAGCCGGUGUGAGUGCUGAGUCCUUGUAGGACACGUUUAAAAAUGGCGAUCGUUAAGCCCAAAAUCUCUCUUUCAUUUGACCCGGUGUUCUUCGCAUUAGCUGCUGAACAUAAACGGUCAAGCACAUCGCACAUUUUCGUCAACUAACACAAUAUCUGUUGUCAACUGUUUGAUAAGUUUUCCCCUUUUCGAUAUGUUAAAGUAGUGUUCGUUGGCUAAUCGCUGCACGUUCAGUAAAGUAUUUUUCAAACAAUCAUCUAAGCAACCCAGCACACUAUCGAUGAUCCCGCGUCAAAGCAACCCAAGGUUGCUACACAAAUACCCACGACAUGCAUAACAUACACUCCCACGCAGUCUUAGAUAUUCCACCUUUUUAAAGAAGUGAACAAUUUUGUGUAGAAAUAUGAUCGUAGUACGUAAGAAUAAUGUAGCCGUACGCAAUAUAUGCCACCUACUUAGAUACCAUCCACACGCACUUACAUGAUCACACACAUUACACACUCAUACACACAUGCACACAAACAUUGCAUCGUGCGAUGAAUGGUGGGAUGGUUGUAGAAUGUUUCGGGCAAACGUAAUUCACGUGUCUAACGUGACAUUAGUAAUGUUUUACCAUAAACUUGAGCAACCGAGACAAGAAAAAAUAACAACAACACUCAUUCUCUAAGCUAAGCACGCCCAUUUUCACCUUUUAGUAGAAAAGUUUGCGUUGUUGUACUUACUACAAGGUACUUUGUGAAUGUCGUAAAAGUUGAGGCUCCAUCGGUUCACCCGAUGGCAAAGGGGUUUGCUCAAACGCAUAUUUCAAAUGCAAUUGCCCUCGAUACUUAGUCAGCCGUUGGCUGGAACGUCUUGUAAGAAGGAGUCCGUAAACACAUAAAUCUUACUUGUUUUUUUUGUUCUUCUUAUUUUAGUAGUAAUCUAACCGAAGUACUUAGAGUGUUAGUUUGUGCUGCUCCGUAGCGUAUCGUUCGGCUAGUUUCAUCGUGCGAUGUUUACCCUUUCACCCGUGGCAGCGUUUUACUGUGGCACUCGAUACGAGCGAUCAUUUCAUCAUUUCGCAGCGAAAGUACAUUCAAGCACGUUCUCUAAUUGUCGAAUUCAAUCUUGCCCCUCACUAGUGCUAGAACUUUAGAUUUCACGACUGCUGUAUAUUGAAACGUUUAUGUAAUAUGUUUACACAUAUUUUCCAACCCACACGCCUACCGUUUCCCUCUCCGUUUCUUUCCCCCCCCCCCUCCCUCCCUGCAGCAGACAAACUGGUCUGGCCCAUAAUUAUUGAUCAUACUGAUCGAUUCGAUAAAUAGCAAUAUAAUUAGUAAGCUCGUUUUAUCGCGUUGCGUUGUAGAACACAAGUUGUGGAACACAAGUAGUGAGAAAUGUUUCGUGCGGGAGUAGAAAAGCGGGAGCUAAAAUGGCGAAUGAAAAGAAAAAAAAAGCAAAACAAAAUCAACAACCUAUAAACGUACACUUGAAGUAAUAUACACAAUAAAUCAUUUGAAAUCUGUAGAAACUGUACUAGCGUAACUGAGUAUCUGUUUGAUUUCGUUCGUUGCGAUUCUUCUUCUCCAACUGUUGGUAGUUUGCAUACACGCGGCACAAAGUAAAACUGUAGCAAGUUUCAAAGUCUAACACACACCUUAAUUUGUUUUUCGUACCUCUGUAACACUCUUAAGAAAAGGCUAGCUUUCUCGUAAACUUUAAUUUGUAGUGUUUCUUGUACUGUAAAUAAUUUGCUGACCAAACAGCACCGGUACGAUAAGUGGAGCAACGGCUCGGUUUGUGCGUGCUUUUUCGUCAAAUUGUAUUGUUCUCAUUUUCUAAGCAAUAUUUCUAUCGAACAUUAUCACUAGAAUCAUAGUCGAGACCACCUAGAUAAGAAGCAUAUCACUUUGCAGUGGCCACCCGCCCUCCGUCGUGGGACGUCGUGUUUGAUUUUGAGUGAUUUUUUAUAGGAUUUGAAUCCGGUCGCGUUUUAAUGAAGAAACAAUCCGUACUAAUUUUCACCACUUUUACAGUACUUUAUUUCUAGUUCGUUAGUUUGAUUUUAAUCGAUCCGCUACAAAUCGGCGCAUGAUGCACGAUGAACGAUUUGUGUCAUUCUCAAUCGCUUUAUAGAUUGUGGUAAAUGAUAGUGGCGGAAGUAUACACGUUAAUCUGAUAUCUGAGUACAGAUGCAGACAUUUGGUAAAAAAAAAAGUAGUAUUUGUAGCUAUCUUGCUAUGCGGGAAACGCGUUAUCCAAUUGAAAGAACAAUAAAAAAAAAUGGAAACAAAACUAUUUGAACUUUAUGAUAAAACUAAGUACAUAUAAACAUUAUCUCAAAAAAUAAAAAACAACAAACAACCCUGCAGCAACGACUAAACAGGGUAGUAGCGAGCGUAUAUGAGCGUCUAUGCAUGGAUAUAUGAGCAUUAGAAUAUAGUAAACAGAACAAAAACAACAACAAAAAAAUACUACAAAAAGCAGCAAGAAAAAAAAAUACACAAAACUUGAAAGGUAACACAUUACGAAACCAUUAAGUAGCUGUAGCAAUACGAGUGUGAUUGUACUAAUCGAUAGUAGACUUAUCAAAACGUAAGCAAACAAUAAAUACAUCUGAUGUAAUCUGUAAACUUCUUUGUACGGUAGCGACACACAAAUAUCUUUUUUUUUGUAGAAUGCGAAUGCAAAUGGUCUGUAACACGUAGCCUCGUAGCGGUAGUUUUUACUCUUUUAGCCGUAGGACCGUAGACGCCGUAGUUGUUUUACAUUAGUGUUUAAUAGUGGUAUUUAGCCGCGCUUAAUCCCAUUGGGGGGAGCUGGGAUUUACUACUCGCUCUGCAUCGAUAUCGGCUCGAGUAAGAUAUAUAUAUUCUCUACAUACAAUAGUUAUACCAGGUGGGAGUGAAGGUAACACAAGUAUAUCUCCAGACGUACAAUAAUCUCUUUUGAUAGCAGCUCUCGGUUACGGAAGCUUUAAGCUUUAUCCUCUACCAUUAAAAAAAAAAGUAGAAACAAAUACGCAAGUUUGCGCUAAAACGUGAGCUAGCUGCCCUAUCCUGGCUGAAGCAAUACUCUUUUGUCGUAGGCAAUACACGCUAGCCGUUCAUUGUACCGUACUUAAUCUAUGUAUCUAUGCUGUCCAUCACUACCGUACGCCCCGAAGCGGGGUGUCGUUUUCCUAGUUUUGCUGUUUGCAUUUUGUUUUUCUCUACACAACCUGAUUUCUUAUCCGUUUUAUUACAACAUGCCAUCGUAGUCAUGUGUUCCAACUGUUUGUUUAUCCUCAUUCUCUAGUUUUGCAUUACAUUUUAUCUGCAUUUUGUUAACUUGCUUUCGAAAGCUAUCAAAUGAACAUUAGCGCUGGAGAAUGAUGUAAACUAGACUCAUUUGAAAAGAGAAUACAACAAACCAACAAGAUUGUUUGCGAGCAAAGAAAAAAAAUAAGACACAUCCAGUAAUACAGCUUGUAGAUGUUCGAAUGUAACCUAAGUUUUGAGUGUUAUUGCAAAACAAAACAAAAAAAAAAACACCCAAAACAGACACUUUCCACUACCAUUUUACCUAAUCGUUUCCGUUUAGCGUAGAUCGUUUGUUUUCCCCCAGUAGUAGCGUUGUGUAAGCCAUCUCUAUCCCAUAGACGUUAGUAGUGUGUUUGUAAAACAAAACCAAUCCGCUGUACCGCGGAAAGCGCGCGCCAUACCGAAGCGUGGCACAAUAAUAUGAUGAAAUUGAAAUAAAGUAUUACUAGCAUAAGAAAAAAACUCGGUGUGUAACGUCUUAUCACUCAUUACGCUAGCCUGGAACGAAUGUUAUAACUCCACCGAAUGAUUAUUGAACGGUAGAUAGAUAUUCGCUUUGUUUCGUUACCUUUGUGGAAAGUUAUCACGUUCAACGUGUCAGUAGAAGUAGUUUAGUGUGGAUGUCUCUUUUUAUGUUUUAUGCAACACUGGUUUCAUUGCAUCACUUUCACUUUACAACGAGCGUGUAUGAUCAAUUUUGUUACCAUUAGAAGUUGGAUUAAUUUUAGUACAAAUUUAGUACAAGUAGUUUUGGUUCAUUUCAAGCGUACUUAUCUCGUCCUAGCGUACACAUUAUGUCUCGGAAAAAUGGAAUUGUCGUAGUGAAUAUCAUUUGAGAGAAAAAAAAAGAAAUAAACCUUCAUUUCCGCUAUUUUGUAAAAUGGAAGAAGGUUCGUUGCCAUGUCUAGAGUUGAAAGUUGCUCGGGUAUGAAUUGGGUUUUGUGGUAAGUAUGCUAGGAAGUUGAAAAUUCCCGGCGAUUGUUUACAUUGCCCUCGGGUUUUAACCAGUUUUGUUUUUUCAAAUUUGCUCCUAACGUUUCGUUUCAGAUAAUUCACCUCAAGCGACCAAUCGAACCUCGACCACCACGCUAACGAUUGUUAUUGAUAUUAAAUGAGCUUGGUUCAUGGAAAUGAUAAGCAAUACUAAAGUAAGAUCCCUUCAUUUCUCCACCCGAAACCCAUUCAGUAUCGCACACGGUGCAGGAUCUGGUGUUCAUCUGGAACAUGACCGACCCGCUGGUGGUGAACCCGGAGAUAGAGCUGCCCCAGCUGGACAUUAGCAACAACUACACCACGGACUGCACGAUCGAGUACUCGACCGGGAACUUCACCUGCCUGGCGGUGGUGUUCAACUUGCGGCGCCGACUCGGCUACCAUCUCUUCCACACGUACAUCCCGUCGGCCCUGAUCGUCGUCAUGUCGUGGAUCUCGUUCUGGAUCAAGCCCGAGGCCAUCCCGGCACGAGUCACCCUGGGCGUUACCUCGCUGCUAACGCUAGCCACACAAAACACGCAAUCGCAACAGUCACUUCCGCCGGUUUCGUACGUGAAGGCGAUCGACGUGUGGAUGUCGUCCUGCUCCGUGUUCGUGUUCCUCUCGCUGAUGGAGUUCGCGGUGGUGAACAACUACAUGGGCCCGGUCGCCACCAAAGCGAUGAAGGGCUACUCGGACGAGGACCUCUCGGAGGCGAUCGACUUCAACAAGAACGGCUACAACAAGGACCACCGCUCGUCGGAGGUGCCCAAGUACGACACGUUCUGUCACGGCCGCGAGACGGCCCUCUGCAUCGACAAGUUUUCGCGCUUCUUCUUCCCGUUCUCGUUCUUCAUCCUGAACGUCACCUACUGGACGACCUUCCUGUAGGGGGAGGCGGGCGCGCGCGCCGGAUAGUUUUAAGACCAGCGGACAGACCAUCCAGGAUGGUCGUUAUCUUUUACAUCGUAACAGUACACAUGGUAUAUGCAAGAACAAAUAAACUACAAUAAAAUCCCCUCUCUUAA